AUGAAGCAACCAGGAUUUAGCAAGUGUAAAAAGUAUGUAGAAGUUAGAUUUCUUAUUGUAGCUGAUCUUCAAUUUUCUUUUGCAGCUCAGGGAGCUAAUGACACUCUGGAGAACACAGCUCUGGAUACCAGUCUGCUGGAAGAGUUCUUAGGCAAUGACUUUGAUUUGGGAGCCUUGCAACGCAAGCUCCCAGACACUCCACCCUAUUCUUCAUCAGACCCAUGCUCUCCUCCCCGGGCCAAAGGUGCAUGCUGCCAGACCCUGAAGCCGAUUGCUGGGAAGUCUCCAGCUGCCUUUCUCCACUCCAAGGCCGUGCCGGGGCCACUGCCAGCCCAUCCACUGCAGAGCAUGUCUUUAAUGAGCAACUCUGGCCAAACCCACAGCAGCUUUCACGACUGCUACCCAGACACCAGUCAUCCUCUGCACCAAACUGUGCCUUCCCAUCUGGGGAUAAGUUGUUCUUUCCACCCGCAGCCUCUGUGUCACAUUCCUGGAGCCUCAUUGCCUCCAUCAAAGAAGAGGAAGCACACGCAGACCCUGGAGGAAUCUGAGGACUGCCAAGUGUGGGCCCACCACUCUAGAUCAAUGACAAGUAGGAACCACAGUAGUGAUGUACAGACCCAUGACAGCGAGGGACAGAACGGGGUGCGCGUGGACCAGUGCUUUCCUGCUCUGAAGUGGUGGCCAUACCAAAGUGUUCCUUGGCAUAGCUUAUUUGACAGUCGUUAUGAAAAACUAUCUGAUGUGGGCUUUCGAGUAGUCACAGACAAAGGAUUUAAUUUCUCUCCAGCCGAUGAAGCUUUUGUUUGCCAAAAGAAGAAUCAUUUUCAGAUAACUAUCCACAUUCAAGUUUGGGGAAGUCCCAAAUUUGUUAAAACCCAAAUGGGCCUAAAGCCAAUAGAAAUGUUUUACUUGAAAGCUUUUGGAAUUAAGGCAGAAGCCACCAAUCAAAUAGUUGCAAUUGAACAGUCCCAAGCAGAUAGAAGCAAAAAGAUCUUUAAUCCUGUUAAAAUUGACCUAGUGGCUGACCAAGUCAACAAAGUAACGCUGGGCCGGUUACACUUCAGCGAAACCACAGCAAACAACAUGAGAAAGAAAGGGAAACCAAAUCCUGACCAAAGAUACUUCAUGCUGGUGAUUGGACUGUAUGCUGCUAACCAAGACCAGUUCUAUCUGUUGUCUGCCCACAUCUCUGAAAGGAUCAUUGUAAGGGCCUCUAACCCAGGGCAGUUUGAAAAUGACAGUGAUGCAUUAUGGCAGCGAGGACAAGUUCCAGAAUCUGUUGUCUGUCAUGGUCGAGUAGGGAUAAACACAGAUGCACCGGAUGAAGCAUUGGUUGUCUGUGGCAACAUGAAAGUGAUGGGGACAAUCAUGCAUCCCUCUGACAGCCGGGUGAAGCAGAAUAUCCAGGAGGUUGACACAAAUGAACAAUUGAGAAGAAUAGCCCAGAUGAGGAUUGUUGAAUAUGAUUACAAACCUGAAUUUGCAUCUGCAGUGGGAAUAAACACUGCCCAUCAAACAGGAAUGAUUGCCCAGGAAGUACAAGAAAUCCUACCCAGAGCCGUAAGAGAGAUGGGUGAAGUCACCUGUGAAAAUGGAGAGAAGGUGGAGAACUUCCUCAUGGUUGAUAAGGACCAGAUCUUCAUGGAAAAUGUAGGGGCAGUAAAGCAGCUCUGUAAACUAACCAACAACCUUGAAGAAAGAAUAGAAGAGUUAGAAAUAUGGAACAGGAAGUUGGCCAGGCUAAAGAGCCUCAGUAGCUGGAAGUCCUCAGCUAGUGGAGCAAGUUCAAUCAGCAAAUUUAGCAGAGCUGUUAGCACAUCUUCUCCAAGAAGGGCCAUUUCCAAAAAAAACAACAAGGUUUAUUUUUCAGGAAAAAGACUGCUGUGUCCUAACUGGGUUUUCCAGACCUUGGUCAUAAGUUUAAUUGCUGUGAUGACAUUUUGUGCCUUGACAAUAGUCUCCCUUUACAUACUUAGCUUAAAAGAUCAAGACCAACAAGCCCCAAGUCUCCCGCUAAGUAACAUCACAGGCUCUCAGGAGACCACCCUGUCACCCACCACCACCCCCUCAGCACCUCUCUCAUCCUUGACUACCACACAGACCUCACUACAAGUGCCUGAAAUCACUUUCUGUGAGAUCCUGCCCUGUCAGGAGACUUACUGCUGCCCCAUCUGGGGCAUGACAAGAGGCUUUCUGACGACCAGGCAAAGACAACCUGAGGAGGAGAAGGACGCUCACCCGAAGCAAUGGUCAGGAAACAAAAGCAAAGCCGUCCUGACAAGAGAUAUACUCAUCAGCCCUGACUGGAAGAGUGACUGGAUUGAUACAACCAUCAGUUCUAUUCAGAUUAUGGAAAUCCAGCAAAUAAUAGACCGUCGGUAUUGCAGUAGAAUGCUUCAGUGUGGGCCUGGAUAUUAUAAUUAUAACAUUCCAGUUAAUAAGAACACACCCACCAAUGUCAAACUCUCUCUGGAAAUCAACACCACAGAGCCAUUGAUAGUCUUCCAGUGCAAAUUCACCCUUGGGAAUAUAUGUUUCCAUAGUAAAAGGGAAACAGAGAGGGUCCACAGCCAUGGGGAAGUCUCCCAGGAGAUGACCCAGGGAUACCAGCACAUUUGGAGCCUCCCUGUAGCCCCGUUCUCUGAUAGCGCGUACCAUUUCCGUGUAGCAGCACCAGACUUAGCGGACUGCUCAACAGAUCCUUUCUUUGCUGGAAUAUUCUUCACAGAUUACUUCUUUUAUUUCUAUCGUCACUGUGCCUAAUUUAUUCAAGUUUGUGGAGUUUACCAGAGGAAAAACUGUCCAGAUAUUCAGUUAACAGACAAUAAUAUCCUCUUUCAACUUUGUCUUUCCUGUAAAAAACAUUAAAGCUUAUUGCUGAAGGUUUCCCCCCCACCCCCAAGGUUUGGCUUCUAACCAUUCUAGA